AUGCGGGAGCGGCAGGAGCGGAUGCUGAUGAUGAAGCGCAAGAACAUGGAGCGCGAGGAGAAGGAGGGCCGCCCAGCAGCGCGCCAGAGGCGAGCCGCUGACGGUGCUGCUGGUGGUGGUGGUGGCGGCGGUGGUUACGGUGGUGGGGGUGGGGGGGGUAACGGGUACCAUGGGCAUGGGGAGGGUGGCGGGUCGGAGCACCGAGCGUCGGGGGGUCAGAGGAGGCCGUCUUGUGGGCCGCUCCCUGAUGGGUGGGUGGACUGCCCCUCUAUGGGCGAGGCCAUGGGGCUGCUCAUUCCGUGCAAGGCGCCGCUGGGAGAGGCGUUCAGAGAGCUGGUGGAGCCGGGCAAGCGGUGGUCACCCGACGUGGCGCUCAAGCAGACACGCAGCAUGAAGAAAGACGUGGGCAUGGUGAUCGACCUGACCAACACGACGCGCUACUACAACCCAAAAGACUGGCUCAAGUUCAACGUCAAGUACCUCAAGCUGGCCUGCAGGGGUCGAGACGAGGUACCAGACGACGAGACGGUCAACCGCUUUGUCUAUGCAGCGCUGGACUUCAUGCGGGCAACGGAUCGCAAGAGGAGCAUCAUUGUGCACUGCACGCACGGGCACAACCGCACGGGCUUCAUGAUUAUCCACCUGCUCAUGCGCGCCAUGGGGGGCCACGUGGCAGAGAGACUAGCAGAGUUCGCGGAGGCACGCCCCCCGGGAAUAUACAAGGAGGAGUACAUCCAGUCGCUCUUCUCCUUCUACCAUGAGCGCCGCCCCGACGCGGUGAUCUGCCCGCCCACGCCCGAGUGGAAGGCCACGUUUGACCUGGACUUGGAUCUCAACGUGGCCCUAGAGAUGGAUGAGGAGGAGGCGGCCCCGUGGGUGUAUACACCCACGUUCGAGUGGAAGGCCACGUUCGACCUGGACCUGGAUCUCAACGUGGCCCUUGAGAUGGAUGAGGAGGAGGCGGGUGAGAAGACAAGUGGUGGCGAUGAUGGCAAUGAGGAGUGCGGCGCUGCUGUUCUGCCAGAGCCGGAAGCAAGCAAGGAGGAGGAGGGAAAGAAGAAGAUGACGAUUGACGAUGUGCUGGGGUCUGCAAUACCAGAGGAGCAGCAGUGGGAGCUGCAGAAAAUCGUGUGCACGGGGCUCAAGUCGAACAAUUUCCGGCACUUCCCCGGCUCGCAGCCAGUCUCGCUGGACCUCAAGAACCUGCAGCUGCUGCGGCAGCGGCUGUACUACGUGACGUGGAAGGCUGAUGGCACGCGCUACAUGAUGCUCAUCUGCCCCGACGGCUGCUACCUCAUCGACAGGAACUUCCGGUUCCGGCGAGUACAAAUGAGGUUUCCAGCGCGCAAGCCGGUGGACGAUUGGGACGUGCACCGCACCACACUGCUGGAUGGGGAGAUGGUGGUUGAUGAGCUGCCCGGCACUGGCGUGCAGGAGCGGCGUUACCUCAUAUAUGAUCUUAUGAUGCUUGACAGCAUGCCGCUGGGGGAUAGACCGUUUGCGGAGCGGUUUGAUUUGAUCGAGAAGGAGGUGGUGAUGCCGCGCAAGAUGGAUGCUGCCAUGAACCCCAUUUAUGACUACAGCAUGGAAGACUUUAAGGUGCGGCGCAAGGACUUCUACAUGCUGAGCACGGUGGGCAAGCUGCUGCACGACUUCAUUCCCAAGCUCAGCCAUGAGUCCGAUGGGCUCAUUCUGCAGGGGUGGAACGACGCGUAUGUGCCGCGGACGCAUGAGGGCUUGCUCAAGUGGAAGUACGCUCACAUGAACUCCGUUGACUUCUGCCUCAAGAAGUCACCGGACAGCAAGUGGGUGCUGCUGCUGUCAGACAGGAAGACGCUGCGAGCGCUACCAGCAGCCAAGUUCACCCACCCUGGCAUGAGUGAGGAGGAGGCGAAGGAACUAGAGGGCAAGAUAGUGGAGUGCUGCUGGAAGAAGGACGAGGGCGAGUGGGAGUUCAUGCGUGUGCGCACUGAUAAGGAGCAUCCUAAUGCGUGGCACACGUACCUCAAGGUGAUGGAGAGCAUUCGAGACAACAUCACGGAGGAGGUGCUGCUGAAGGAGGUGCAGAACAUCCGCAGCCUGCCCGUCUGUUCCGCGUUUGGCGGAGCCUCCGCGUGGCGGCAGCGCUCCGCUGCGCAGAUUGCGGGGAAUGCAGGAGGUUCGGUGCGCGAGGUUCGGCCAGGGAUGGCAUCCGUUGUCCGUAGUGCUCUGGAGCCUUACGUCAUCACGAAGCUAGACUCAGCUGAACGAACCUUCAAAGAACUUUCUAUUCGGCUGGCAGAUCCCGAGGUGGCGUCCAAUGCGACUGAGUACAUGCGCAUUGCCAAGUCAGCCGGGGAGAUUGAGCAGGUGGCGAGGGCCUAUGAGGAGUGGAAGGACAAGCAGCAGCAGCUGGCUGACGCAAAAGCCCUAAUGAAGGACAGUGCAUCGGACCCAGAGAUGGCGGAGAUGGCGGGGGAGGAGGUGGGGGAGCUGGAGGCGCAGAUAGAGGAACUGGAGGGGCGCCUCAAGGUGCUGCUGCUGCCCACCGACCCGCUUGAUGCGCGCAACAUCAUGCUGGAAGUGCGGGCGGGCACAGGAGGGGAUGAAGCAGGCAUCUGGGCAGGCGACCUGGUGAAGAUGUACAGUCGUUACGCGGACAAGAACGGAUGGCGAGUGUCCCCUGUUUCCUGCACUGAGGCGGAGAUGGGUGGCUUCAAGGAGUAUGUGAUGGAGAUAGCAGGCGAGCGAGUCUACAGCAAGCUCAAGUACGAGAGCGGUGUGCACCGCGUGCAGCGCGUGCCUGCCACUGAGUCUGCUGGCCGGGUGCACACCUCCACUGCCACUGUUGCUAUUAUGCCUGAGAUAGACGAGGUGGAAGUGGUCAUCGACCCCAAGGACAUUGAAUUGACGACAGCGCGGUCAGGAGGUGCAGGCGGGCAGAACGUGAACAAGGUGGAGACGGCAGCAGACCUGUUCCACAAGCCCACGGGCAUCCGCAUCUUCUGCACCGAGGAGCGCUCGCAGCUCAAGAACAAGAUCCGCGCCAUGCAGCUGCUGCGCGCCAAGCUCUACGAGCGCAUGCUGCAGGAGCAACAGGAUGAAGUCAGCUCUCGCAGACGAUCACAGGUCGGCACAGGCUCACGUUCCGAGAAGAUUCGAACGUACAACUACAAGGACAACCGCGUGUCAGACCAUCGGACCAAGAUCAACUUUGACCUCAACUCGUUCCUCAACGGGGAUAUUGACAACGCCAUCCAGUCCAUGGUGGCGAUGGAGCAGAAGGAGAUGCUGGAGGAGCUUGCAGCCAACCCACCUGCAGCUCCUGAUUGGGAACAGAAGGACAUGGGGAGAGCACGCAAGGCCCGGAAAUACGCGGAGGUGAAACGGCUAUUCAAUCCUAAAGAGAUAAAACAGUAUCGUAAGGACGUGCUGGACCCCAAGAAGCCGGACACCGAGAAAGAUAAACUUCCGCGAAAUGUGCCCAACGUGUCAUCAGCGCUGUUCUUCAAGCACAACACGGCGCUGGGUCCGCCGUACCAAGUGCUCGUGGAUACCAACUUCAUCAACUUCACCAUCUCCAACAAGCUUGAUCUGGAGAAGGCCAUGAUGGACUGCCUCUAUGCCAAAUGCACGCCAUGCAUAACGGACUGUGUGUUGGCGGAACUGGAGAAGCUCGGUCAGAUGUACCGCGUCGCGCUCAGAAUAGCCAAGUCACCGUCGUUUCUCCGCCUGCCAUGCAGCCAUGCCGGCACAUAUGCAGACGACUGCCUCGUGCAGCAAGUCACUCAGCACAAGUGCUACAUCGUGGCCACGUGCGAUCGUGACCUCAAACGCCGCAUCCGCAAGGUGCCGGGAGUGCCCAUAAUGUACAUAACACAGCGCAAGUACUCCAUAGAGCGCAUGCCUGAGGCCACCAUUGGCGGAG